UUUUCCUGUUAACCUCAGAAAAUGUUGAAAAGUAAAUACAUUUAUUAAAGUUUUUAAGAAGGGAGGACCAUAAGUAGAUAUUAAUUAUUAGUAUAUUUUUUCAUUCCAGGUUUAAGAGUCAAUAUAUUUUGUGAAUACCUUUCUGUUUUAGUUAUUAGCAUUAAUAGGAAGGAGACAGAUAUUCCAUUUGGUAGCAGGGAAGAGCCACAUAGGAAAACCCAAGAAACAGUUUGAGAAUUGUCUGCAUAACAGUUGGAGAAACCCUGUGCCCUCGUACAGAAUUUUUACCAUGGUAAUUUUUACUGGAUUGAAUCACUUGUAAGGGUAUCCCUUAGCAGAAGCCCUUUUGCUAACAUAUAGUUUGAUUAUAAUACAUUUCUGGUUCUGAUCACUGAAAGAUCUGAGAAGAUGCAGGGAAUAGGAAUUAAACAGGGUGUGAGAGUGUGAAUUUAGAUUACAUCCUAAAUUUAGAAAUUAGAUAGGUUACAGAGGAUAAUUUGUUCUGAGGGUUCCAGAUCUCUUAGUUGCAUUAAAUGGGAGCAGAGUUCAUCUCUUCAAACAGACCAGGAGUGAAAGUACACCCUCAAAAUAACCUGUAGAUUGACUUUAAUAGACUUCUUUGGCAUCAUGUGUUGUCCAUGACUAAGGAUUGAUUGCAUUUGGCAAGUUAAAGCUUUCAGAUAAUUUUAGCUAUUUUUGGUGUUAAUCUUACUAAACUAUAUGAUACCCUUCCUUGGUUAAUAGAGGAUAUUAAUUGUAAUAGUCUUCACUAGUUAUAUUUAUGUUAUAGUUUAUACAAUAUGAAAUUGAAAGGAUACUCAUCUUUGGGGAUACCCAGAAGAUACAAUUCAGGAAGUAAUUUACCUACUUCUAACAUAUUUAGUUAUAUCUAACUUUAUCAUCUGUAGGACAACAUAACAUGACUGCCUUUCUGCAAAAUCAAUAAAUCAGAGAUUGAAGUAGUGUUUUUUCCCAGUGGAUUUUCUUCUUUAUAAAAUCAUCUUUAACCUGUGUUUCUUGACUUGUCAUGAACAUUGAAUACAUUUUCUCUUAAUUUUCCUUCAUUAAUGUAAUGAACCAUAUUUAUUUCUUGGUUAGCUAUAAGUCAUUCUUUUAUUCCACUUGGAUCAUUCAUUUUAAGUGAAGGAGGCGUAGCCUUUAAUGUACAAGCACACAUUUUUUACAUAAUGGGUACAUGUUAUCCUAGAUCUUGUAAAUUAUUUAACAUAAAACCUUUGGCAGUGGAGCCCAGUGGCGCAUGCCUGUAAUCCUAGCAGCUCAGGGCUAAGGCAGAAGGAUCAGGAGUUCAAAGCCAGCCCCAGCAAAAGUGAGGCACUAAGCAACUCAGAGAGACCCUGUCUCUAAAUAAAAUAGGGCUGGGGAUGUGGCUCUGGACGAGUGGCUCUGAGUUCAACCCCUGUAUCCCCCCAGAAAACAAACCUUUAGCAAACCUAAGGCUAAAUAGUAGUGUCUCUGAAUUUCUAUAACUUUGACUUCAUGGUUCCAGGCAUAUCCAUAACAUUAAAGCUCUUUUAGCACCCGUAUAGUGAGUCAGUUAAAUUUUUCCCCUCACUUUGAAUUUUGAACUCUAAUAUUUUUAUCUAUAGAGCAGCCCAGAAAACAGUAGAAAUAUUACCUCAUAGAACCCUGUGUUAUCCUUGGAUUUUGUACAGUUGUUUAGUUCUCCAGUAAGCCUAUAUUUUGAGUCAUUAUUUCAGGUAAAAAAAUAAAUUGAAACAAAAUACUUAUCUUUGUAUAAGCUAUAAGCAGGAAGUAAAUGCUUUGAUUUAGUUUAGAUGUGAUGUCGUGAAGAAAAAGAGCAGUGAGCUGCAGGUUCAAGACAGGGAAUUCAAAGGCAAGUAGGUGACAUGGGUCAAGGUCAGGUUUAAUGAGUCAGUCUUUAGUCAGUGAAGCUUCAAGUUGCAAAAGGUUCAGUCAAGCAGAGGGACUAAGAAGAUAGGUAUCUUGAAAGUGAGGAACAGUAAGUCUGAGCAAGACUAGAUAGUGAGCCAGAUGCUUCUCAAGAAUGGGAUUCCAGAAAGGUGCUUGGAAUGGACUGAAUCCUUAAAGCCGAAUGCUAUAUUAAUAUUUCUUGAAGAAAUAUAAAUAGUUCUAUCCAACUUAAAUCAGUUUACUAAGAAAUUGUAGACUGAGAAGAUGAAGGAAGUUCAAACAUCUUGUUGGUAAUGGAAUUAGGGAAUAAAAAAGAAUAAACUUAUAGAAAUCUUAUAGCUUCAGCACCUGCAGAAAAUUCAUUGUCUUUUGGUUUAAAUUCUCAUGUACUAAAAGCUGUUAGGGCAGAAAUUAGAAGGCAUGGCCAAAUAGAUGAAUUUUAAAAGAUUGAGGAUAUAGAGAAAAGUAGUUUAUAAGAACUCUGAAAUGGUCUACAGAUUAAUGUUUUAACUGAAUAUGACUUUGAAAGGUCAAAGACAUCAGAAAGGAAUAUGUAGUUUAGUCAUCUGCAUAAAUGUUAUAGUAUGCUAUUUAACAUUGGUCAGAGAAAGGAAUUUUAAAAACUUUUCUAAAAAACACUCACUCAAUAUUGAUCCAUAUGUUCUAAUUUAGUUGUGAACCAUGUACAACUGAUGUUUGACCUAUUUGAUUCAACGUGAAAAGAAUUAACCAGCUGCCCUUGCUGAAUCUUUUGUCAUGCCUUCUGAAUAUGCUAUUUCUUCGUAGCCAAAGAUAGCUUUCAUUACUUCUAAUUUUGUGUAUAGAAAAUUCUGGAUGAUAGAAGGCACCCGAUAUCCAGAGUGCGAGUGUUACUGUAUCAGAAUUGCAGCUCUGUAACCUUCACAGUUGUUGAUCACAUAGCAUGGUCAUCCACUCACAGCUUAAAAAAAUACAGGGAGCAUCGGACAGAAUGGGUUCAAUGUAUCUAUGCCUGCCUACUUCAAUCUGCAAGGGAGUGUCAGAAAGGCCCCGCAAUCGCCGAGCCGAGAUACUACUCGUCAACGAAUCAAAUUCAGUGAUGACAGAGUAUGCAAGAGUCAUCUUCUCAACUGUUGCCCCCAUGAUGUCCUUUCUGGAACUAGAAUGGAUCUUGGAGAAUGUCUGAAAGUCCAUGACCUGGCUUUAAGAGCAGAUUAUGAAAUUGCAUCCAAAGAACAGGACUUUUUCUUUGAACUUGAUGCCAUGGAUCACCUGCAGUCAUUCAUUGCAGAUUGCGAUAGAAGAACAGAAGUGGCUAAAAAAAGAUUAGCAGAAACUCAAGAAGAGAUUAGUGCUGAAGUGGCAGCAAAGGCAGAACGUGUUCAUGAAUUAAAUGAAGAAAUUGGUAAAUUAUUAGCCAAGGUGGAACAACUAGGAGCUGAAGGGAAUGUGGAAGAAUCCCAGAAAGUAAUGGAUGAAGUAGAGAAAGCACGGGCAAAGAAAAGAGAAGCAGAGGAAGUUUAUCGGAAUUCUAUGCCAGCUUCCAGUUUCCAACAGCAGAAACUUCGGGUCUGUGAAGUCUGCUCUGCCUACUUAGGUCUUCAUGAUAAUGACAGACGACUGGCCGAUCAUUUUGGGGGUAAACUGCACCUGGGAUUUAUUGAAAUAAGAGAGAAGCUUGAAGAAUUAAAGAGAGUUGUAGCUGAGAAGCAGGAGAAAAGAAACCAGGAGCGCCUGAAACGAAGAGAAGAAAGGGAGAGGGAAGAAAGGGAGAAGCUGAGAAGGUCCCGAUCACAUAGCAAGAAUCCUAAAAGAUCCAGGUCCAGAGAGCAUCGCAGACACCGGUCUCGCUCUAUGUCUCGAGAACGCAAGAGGAGGACUCGAUCCAAGUCUCGGGAGAAACGCCAUCGCCACAGAUCCCGCUCCAGCAGCCGCAGCCGAAGCCGUAGUCACCAGAGAAGUCGUCACAGUUCUAGAGAUAGGAGCAGAGAGCGAUCCAAGAGGAGAUCCUCAAAAGAAAGAUUCAGAGACCAAGACUUAGCAUCACGUGACAGAGACAGGAGUUCAAGAGACAGAUCACCUCGUGACCGAGAUCGAAAAGAUAAGAAGCGGUCCUAUGAGAGUGCUAAUGGCAGAUCAGAAGACAGGAGGAGCUCUGAAGAGCGCGAAGCAGGGGAGAUCUAAUUAGCUGUGUAUAUAUCUUCAAUCCUUAAGCUUCCUACGGAGUUACACACUAUUGUUUAGUUUACAGCUGUUCAGGGUGACAGUGAGCAGUUCCAGACACUGAUCCAGCCAGGCUAGAUGUACAGUAUCUAACUUGAUCUGAACUGAACCUGUUUUCCUUGAGAAAGCCUAAAACUACAUCCAUAGUUUCUGGUGAACCUGUAAUACAGUUCUGAGAGUGCAGUUUUUUAUAAUACGACAUUGAUCUCUUUAUUCUUUCAAGUAGGAGUGAUAGUGAAUGAAUUGUGUUACUUGCCUUGGGAUUUUUUGAACAUUUGUAAGACGCUGUCUUCCUUUCUACUCCAAGCAGCAGCUUUGGGAAUUUUUCUUUUUAAUUCUUCUGUCUCUGACUUUUGUAUCCCUUAAUACCUGUACCCUCCAACUGUAAGAGAAAGGGUCAGGGAAGCAAUAUAACUUCUGUUCUAAGGUUCUACUCCCAUUAAUUACUAGCUAAUUACAGUUCAGAGCAUUUAUACUGGAAUGUGUGCUGGAGAAAUUAAAAUACUGGGGUUUGUUGGAUGGUGCCUAUUUAGAGUUGGAAGUUGAACAGCUGUUGCAUUACAUACUUUUGCUUUUUUAUUGAAGUUUUGAAAUCAGACUUGUCUUGAUUUUUCUGUUCCAUCAAAUUGCUAUGUUCAGGAUGUUCUGAGGGGGGUGGGGGCAGGGACUCUUUCGUAAUAAGCACUUGUUUUAUUUUGUGUGUGUGUGGAGUAUAAAGGCUACACCCUUAUUGUAAAAAAUAUUAAUAAUAAAAUGAAAGAAACAAUCA